AUGAAGAAGCUCUAUCGGAAAGGCACAGUCCACCCUUCGCCUGCGCCGCCUAUUUCGGACUCCCUGGCCCUUUUGCCGGCGACUCUCUUAACUCUGUCGGCAGCACUCUCGCCGGAGGACAGGGAAGUUCUCGCCUACCUCAUUUCCUGCUCCUCUGGUAAUUUAUCCGGUGACCGGAAGACUACCACCACCGAGAAAUCCUGCGACCACUCGCCGUCCUUCUCCUGCGACUGCUUCAGGUGCUACAUGAGCUUCUGGAUCAAGUGGGACUCGUCGCCGAAUCGCCAGUUGAUCCACGAAAUUAUCGAUCAAUUCGAAGAUGAUUUGGCUCAGAACAAGAAGGAAAAGAGCAAGAAGGAGAGAAAAAAGAAGAGAGGGGCAAAGGGGUCGAGGGAACUAAAAAUUUCAGAAAAGAGUUUGAAUAAGGACGAGUUAAUCAAGGAUGCAGACUCCGAGUUAAUCAGCGAGUCAGACUCGAUGGAACAGAGCAGUAGUGCUGGGGGUGAGGAGGGAAGUGAAGGGGUUGAGAAGGGGACCGUGAGGAGGUUUAUGAGUUUUGUUGGGGAGAGGUUUUGGAGUGUUUGGACUCAGAGAACUUGA